AUGGCACGGCGUCGACAUAGCCAUGUGCAAGUGGAUAAAGCUGUUGAAGUACAGCUUUUGAAAAAGAGUCUAGCUCAUUUAAAGUUAGAAAAGGCUCCUAAAGCGAAAACUGCAAGGAGGCAGAUGUCGUCAACUGAAAAGGGCAUGAUUAUCGCAUUCUUCUUCUGCUUUGGUUGCAUACAGACAGUGUCGGCAAUCAUUGGCAGACCUUGGUCGACAAUCAAGAGCUUUAUACAGCGUACUGUCUUACGGGACGGAAAUGAGGACAACCUUCCCCGCUCUGGUCGACCGCCCUUGCUUAGCCGCCGGCAAAAGAAAGAACUGGUAAAAGCAGCAAAAAAUAAUCGGAGAAUGACAAAGAAUGAAUUUAGAGACAAAUAUGCACCUGGGAUUUCUCUUGCUACGGUCGAUCGAGUCUUACGGCAGGCAAAUAUUAAGAAAUGGCUUGCCAAACACCGUCCACUAUUGAAGCCCGAACAUGUCAAAAAAUGGCUAGAUUGGGCAAUGCAGCGGAAAGACUGGGGUAUUGAGGAGUUUAUGAGUGUCAUUUGGAGCGAUGAGUGUGCGGUUGAGAGAUCUAAAGACCCUCGUCAAAUUUGGGUAUUCAGAGAGCCAGACGAGAAAUGGCUUGCCGACUGCAUCUAUCCAAAGCCAAAAGAUAGAGGCCCUUUGGUUCCAGUACCCGAGAGUAUGACUGGCAUCCGCUACCUUAGGAUCAUCAAACGUUAUCUCCCAUCAGUUCUAAGAAGUGCUUUGAUCAUCUACCCUUAUUACCCUAGAAUUGCUGAUACCAAAGGGGGACCACCUGCUGUAAAGAGGGAACUGGCUAGAGUUUUGCCUUUAGUUUGGGAAACCAUACCCCCGGAGUUCUUUGAAAAACUUGCAGCAUCGAUGCCCCGAAGGGUGGAGGCCGUCAUUCAAGCAAAGGGCUGGUAUACGAAGUAUUGA